AUGUCUGCUCACACAACCCGAAAAAGAACCUCUUCAACUGGAAACGCUAUCACGGAAUCGGUGAAACGCCAAGUCAAAGAAGUCACUGAUACAGCUCAAGAUGCGGUUACCAGUGGUGCAUGGGCGUAUCCCAUUUAUGGAAUUUACUAUCUAGUAUCUCAUCCCGCUUUGAUGGGUCCUCUUCUCCCAACCAUCUUUAAAGGGGUACUCCUCUCUUUAGGUGUAGUUGCUGGUCUCUUCUUUUUCACUUAUCUACCUCAAGUCGCAGUCUUGGCAUUUGUUUCUGGACCUUUAGCUUUCGGUUUGGCUAUUCCAGUAGUCCUCGGUGAAGCUUACGUAGUAGUAAACUUCUUAACCAGAGCUUUAUUAGUCAAUCAAGCUGGUGUUGAUCUCUUCGACGCUGUACUUUUGCAAAAAGGACAUUCUGCCUUGGUAGAACAUGGAAGACAAGUUACUUCAGGUGGAAGUGGAGGAAAAUCGAAAGUAUUGGGAACGUUAUUGAUGAAACCUCUUUCGAGAUUCAGUACCGAUAACGUUGUUAGAUACGUUCUUACUCUCCCCCUCAACUUGAUUCCAGUCGUUGGAACAGUCUUCUUUUUGGGAUUCAACGGUUUCAAAUCUGGACCUGGAUAUCAUGCUAGAUAUUUCCAACUCAAGGGCUAUGAUAAAGCGAAGAAACAAGAAUUGAUUAAGAAGAGAAGAGGAGCUUAUACCGCAUUCGGUACCACAGCUAUGGUUCUUAACCUCAUUCCUGCUUUGUCCAUCCUUUUCACCUUCACCACCUCCGUCGGUGCUGCUUUGUGGGCUUCCGACCUUGAAUCAAAAGGUCGAACUGCACCUGAUGUCAAGGAUGCUGGAAAGGGAGCCAGAGAAGAAGUUGAUGUGAUUUUACCCAGCCCCGGGGGAUCAAAAGGAGGAAAAAAAGAUCUCUAG